AUGUCUUCAUCUGGUGUUCAAGUACUAUAUCCUGUUAAUCACCGAACAGAAAAUAUUGCUUCAUAUACCGGUAGACAACCUACAAAUGAGGGGUAUUCGAAAGAGAAGCAUGAGGAAGAAGGCUCCUUCUCUCCACCAUAUCAAGAUGAAACAACAUCCAUCAAACAAACUCAUGAUUCUACGCAUCGUCAAUUGAGACCAAGACAUAUUCAAUUGAUUGGUAUUGGAGGGACUAUUGGAACUGCUCUUUUCGUUCAAAUUGGUCAUGGAUUGAUAAAUGGAGGACCAGGGAGUCUGUUUCUGGCUUUCACAAUUUGGUGUACUUUUAUUUUGGCGAUUACCAAUUGUAUGGCAGAGAUGGUUACUUACUUACCAAUCUCAUCGCCAUUCAUUCGAUUCGCUGGUCGAUAUGUCGAUGAAGCAUUUGGAGUUGCUGCGGGGUACAAUUUCUUCAUAUUUGAAGCCGCCCUUGUUCCAUUCGAGAUCGUAGCUUGUAAUGUGAUUAUUCAUUAUUGGAGCGAUGCCGUUCCUGCUGGUGGAAUUAUUGCCAUUAUUAUAGUUCUUUACGGUUUCGUCAAUGUCUUCGCUGUCAGAUGGUAUGGAGAAUCGGAGUUCUACCUCGCCAUGGGAAAAGCCCUCUUAAUCUUCGGUCUCAUUGUUUUUACUUUUAUCACAAUGCUUGGUGGAAAUCCUCUUCAUGAUCGAUUUGGCUUUCGAUUUUGGAUCACCCCAGGAGCAUUUACCGAACUUUACAAAACUGGUUCUCUUGGUCGAUUCUUAGGAUUCUUACAAUGCCUCAUUCAAGCUUCAUUUACCAUAGCUGGUCCAGAUUAUGUAUCAAUGGCAGCAGGAGAAGCUCAAAAUCCUAGAGUUGUAAUGCCUAGAGCAUUCAAUGGCGUAUUCUACCGCCUCACAGCAUUUUUUGUCCUGGGAAGUUUAGCCGUGGGUAUCUUGGUUCCAUAUAAUGAUCAAGAACUCAAAGAUGCCUUUACAAAUGGUCUUCCUGGUGCAGCGGCAAGUCCAUAUGUUGUUGCUAUGAACCGACUUCAAAUCAGAAUCCUUCCCGAUAUCGUUAAUGCCAUGGUUCUCGGAGCAGCUUUUUCGGCAGGAAAUUCUUAUGUUUAUUGUGCUUCAAGAUCACUCUUUGGUCUUGCGCUUGAAGGGAAAGCUCCUAAAUUUCUUACAAAGUGUACGAAGCAAGGUGUCCCGAUUUAUUGUGUUGGGGUCACGCUUGCUAUUUCAUUAUUGAGCUUUUUGCAAGUAUCAAAUAAUGCAGCGGUAGUCUUACAAUGGUUUGUGAACUUGGUUACUGCAAGUCAAUUGAUUAAUUUCAGUGUUAUGGCUUAUACUUUCAUUUGUUGGAAAAGAGCAUGCGAUGCGCAAGGAUUUGAUAGGAAUAAUUUACCACAUAAAAGUUUCUGGCAACCAUUCAGUGCAUAUUAUGCAUUGACUGGAUGUUUCAUCAUGACUUUUGUUGGUGGAUAUACGGUAUUUCUACCUGGUGCAUGGGACAUCCCUACUUUCCUAUUCUCCUAUGCAAUGAUUGGUGUCUUUCCUAUUAUAUUUUUCGGAUGGAAAGUUGUUAAGAAAACGAAAUGGUUGAAACCACACGAGGUGAUUUUGAGAACAAAGGAGGUGGAUGAGAUUGAGGAGUAUACGAGUAAUUAUGUGGAGAGGCCUCCUAAGACAAGGUGGCAUAGUUACAUAGAUAGGAUUUUCAGUUAG